AAAAUAUCCCCCAAAACAUCAGACGCUUCUUGUUUUUGCUCACUGUUCGACUCUUCACAUUCACAACCACCUAACCCACACCAAACGGAAACUCUCUCUCUCUCUCUCUCUGCCUCCCCUCCCUCACCCUCUCCGCCGCACUUCUUACGCAGUCUCCGAUCCCCAACCCCUCCAAUUCUCCAAUGGCCACCGAAACGCAGAAGCUCAGCGACACCAACCCCGCCCUAGAGAACCCUAAGAAAACCCUAGACCCUUCCCCCGUCCCACCCACCGCCACCAACCUAGAUCGACCCGAAGACCCGCCCACUGACAUUCCCUCCGAUCCGGCUCCGUCGUCGGAGGUUGUGUCCGAAGAGAACGGCUCCAAAGCGGACUCUGAGGAUCCGAAGACCGCCGCCGGCUCUGAAGCCGGUGAUGGUGCUGCCCCUGCUACCGCUAUUCAGAAGAAGAUGCGCCGAGCCGAGCGGUUCGGGAUAUCUGUGCAGAUGACUGAAGAAGAGAAGCGCAACUCUCGGGCAGAGAGGUUUGGCACUGUUUCCACAUCGCAUGGAUCAGAAGCAUCUAAAAAAUCAGAGGAGCAGAAGAGAAAGGCUAGAGCAGAGAGGUUCGGGCUUUCCGGUCCAGCUGUGGCGGGUGAUGAGAAUGCAAAGAAGAAGGCUCGUCUUGCUCGAUUUGCACCUAUUUCCAAAACCGAUACUAAAACUGAUCCCAUGGAAGAAGAAAAAAGGAAGGCAAGGGCACUCAGGUUUUCAAAGGCCUCAACAGGUUCUCUUUCGCAAGUGAAUGACAAGGGAAAUAUCGAGCCGAAGGCAGCCAUAGCUGGUAGUGCUGGCGGAGGGGUUUGAAAGGAAGCGUACUUUGCUAGUAGUGUAGAAAUCUAACAUUUUGUGGUUCCCUCGGAGGCUUCCUUACCCAUCAUUACCUCUGAUUGUAUGGAUUAUCAGGCGCAGCAUUUUCCCAAUAGCGGAUACACAUCGUUUACAAGUCAUUGAACACAGUUUGGAGGCAUAGCGGAGCUUUAUUUCAUGCUUGUUUUGGGUUCCUUUCAAUUUACCUGGUGAGGCUUGGAAUAAUCAACAACUAUCUACUUAGUGUUAACUUACCCUGCAAUCUAUCAAGAAUGUCAGAAAUUCAGUAUUUGCGACCAAUGGAAAAUUUAGUAUUGGAUGAAGCUUUUGCAGAAAGUAUUGGGUGGCUACUCACGAUGCAGUGUUGAACAGUAAUACAAAGUUGGUUUAAGUCCACAUCAUCUGAUCUGUUACUAAUUGUGUUGCAACGUGCUGUUAAUCACAUCAUACUGAGAUGUCUGGAUUUUAGUGUCUUAAUCAAUCAAUCUGUCAUAUUAGUUAUUGUUGGUAGGAUGAGUGGUGAUAAUAUAUUAUUUAAAAAGCAGAAAAUUCUAGCCCACAUACACAGUUGAGGAUGGGUGCAAUCAUGGAGUUCACUAGGUAGGCAGAUCUCUAGUAUUAUACGGAGCUCUGUAUAAUUUGUUUGGUUUGUGUUAGUUUAAUUUAUGGGUUUUUAUAUUUGCGGUUUAUGUUUUUAGUUUUCUUAUUGUAUGACGGCACAUGACAACACAUAUUCUCACUAUUCUGGUUCUAUCAGUUAUCCACCUUCUUAAUGCCACUGGUUUGGAUCAGAUGAGAUGUGUAGGCAUAUGCUACUGAGUACUGCUGUUCAACACUGCCAUGAGAAACAUGUCAAAAAUAGGUUUUAAUUGAGUAGAAGGUAAGUUUGUUAGACGGACUUCUUUAUAUGUUUCAGCUAUUCGUAUUUGCUCCACAGAGGAUUUACCUAGAUUUUAUUGUUAGAAUUCUGAUAUUCUUGGUUGGCCAUUUCGGGGUAAGUGAACAAUUUGGAGGUGGUGGUUGAUUCUCUUAAGCCUUGCUGGGUGAAUCAUGCAAUCAACAGGUAGGACAUUGGGAAUGGAUUGUACUCAAUUGACAUUUUGGUCA